AUGGCGAUGAUGACUGGCUGUGUGCUGCUGGUGUGUGCCCUCUGCGUGCUGUGGUGCGGUGCCAGCGGGGCUGAUGCGAGUAAUCUCGACAACGACGCAGUUGGUGGCUGCAUGGCGUCGUGGGUGUUGAAUACGAAUAAAUCGUAUACGCCGAGCGGAUGUGACAGAACUGCGCUGACGCUGCCUUUACGAUCUGUCUUGUCCAUCACUGCCGUUGAGGCUUCGACUGACCCAUUGGUGACUGGUACAGCGGAAAAUAAAUCGGAUUUAGCUCCAAAUUCAUGUGCUGAUUUCGGUUGUGCCGGUUUCCCUCCUGGUCGCGGAGACGAAGGUGGAGGCGAUAGAGACGACGGUGCUGGCGGUCCUGUUGGCGUUGGAGGUGCCAGUGGCAGUCAAGCUCGUGGCAGCAACGCUUCUGUUGGCGGUGGUGGUGGUUCAAAUGGAGGUUCUAAAGCACUUGUUGGUGGCUCUUUGAAGUCCCCUGCUUCGGAUGUCAAGUCCCCAUCUCCUGUUCUCGGUGAUGGUGGCAGUUCUCCUGGGGCUCCUGCAGGAAGUGUAGGUUCUGACGGAAGCAAAGUUUUCAUUUUUGGCUCCUUUUCUUCUGGUGGUCGCAGUCAGCCUGAUGUUGACAGUCCAGGUGGUGAUGCAUCUUUGAGCGCUCCUGUUGCUGGUGGUAAUUCCCCACCCUCCAUCACCGACGAGAGUGAUGCGUUGGAGAAGACCGGCGCUGCGGCAUCCACAAAGGGAAGGAAACCCCAAGAAGCAGGUGAGCAGUCAGGAGCAAGUCGUGCACGGAACGAAUUGCCCAAAUUGUCGGCACCAGCGGAGUCAACACCCGAAGCACAAGAAGACUCUCCCAAUAAACAAGAAAAACCAAAAAAUGAAGCUGCUGGUAGGGCCGCAACUGGAAACGAGAAACGGCGGAUUGACGCGGAGGCACAAGGUCCUUCCACCGUGAUGUCCACCGCCAGCGCCAGCAACGGUAGGAGAACAACCAACAGCAGUGGCAGUUCCGGCAGGAGGAAGCCCAACAGCACAAACAGACUCGCAAAAUUUGACAGAAG